AUGGUCGACGCACAGGACGCCGGGAGUAAACUCUUCUCCAAGAGUCGCUGGAAGACCAAGAUCUUUGAGAAGACGGCCGAAAUCGCUGCUGCAAACCAGGCCAAGACCGCCAGGACCCCCGAUGACGACCUCGACGCCUUCCUCAAGCCCUCGACCGAUAGGGUCGCCCAGCAGCAAAAGGAGGCCGCCGCUGCUGCUUUGUUUAGUCGGCCCCGCAUAGACGUCGCGAGUGCUCAGCGAUGGCCGAGCGCACAGGUCAUUCUCGCCAAUGCCGCUGCGAAGAGCCCAGGCCCGGGUGGUUUGAAGACGGGCACGCGCAAGAAGGGCCUCACUGUGGGUUUCGUGCGCAGUGUGCCUGAAGUCAUAGGUCAUGGCGGCGACGAAUGCGAAGACCCCACCAUCGAGGUGUCCCAGAACAAGAAGGCGGCCACCGCGUCGCAAGUGGAGAAGCCGCCGGUACUGGUACCGCAAGACGACGCUAAUGUAACCGCCCGCAGCAACGGCAUAGGCAGGACCGCUUCACAAACAGAAUACCGCACCCAACUCACGAGAACACAUACGAACCCCGGCGAGCUCUCUCCGCCCCUCGGACAGAAGAUGCAGAUUGGCCAGAUCAACUCGACUGCCCAGCUCCCUCCCACGCCACCACGAUACAUGGGUUCUAUGGGCCUCGGAGAGCGACCGAAACCCCUCUCAAGAGCGCCAACCGGCUUCGACAGCAUCAUGGAGGCAGUGGGAAAUGCUCCAGGAAGACGACAGAGCGAAGACUCUGUUUAUUCGCAAGAUUCGGACAACUUGUCGCCCACCAUAUCGAGGAACGUGUCAGUACGGGAGCCCACAAUACAGGAGGAAGAUGUUAUCCAGCCAAAGAUGCUCAAGCGCACUCAGACUGGCUUCAGCACGCUAGGCGAUGAUGACGCUCAUGAGCCUGUACACCCGAUACCUUCUGUUCCACACCUGCCAGAACAGAGGCUGGCCGAGCAGGAAGAGGACGGCCCUAAUUCAUUUGCGGCGCGAGUCAAGCAAAGAAUGCGAUCGGAAGAGGGCAGAACGCUACACGAAGCAGCCCAACGAGCAGCAGAGACUGAACGGCGAGACUCCGAAUCGAGCUCACAACUGUCCAUGGCUGGGACCCCACCUUCGUCCUACCGCACGCCAGCGACCGCAAGAACGCCCCAUGAGAGCUCGCAAGUGGAAUCCAGAGGAUCCCCACGUCCGAUGGACCCCGAAGACCCCCACAGAUCAAGAGCAACCCAAGGAAGAAGGCCCAUGGGCCAUGCCAUCCAAACUGACAUGGAGCCGCGCUCGCCGUCAGUAGCGUCAUCGCAGUACGCUCCUUUUUCCCCACUGUCACAAACACGCACAUCACCCCCACUUGGAGGAAACAUCCACAGCCACUCGCCCAUGCAAUGGCUUCGGGUCGCUACUUGGUGGUUUCUGAAGGGUCGCACCGGGAUGGAGAACAUGAUCAGGAGUCAACCCAGGAAUGGCGAACCACCACAGGAACGAUUGGCCCAACCCCAUGUCGACUUGGCAAAGGUGUGGUGGAUUAUUACGGAAGUCUUGCCCAAUCACCCAGGGUUGCAAAGUUACGGUGACGCGUCACCUAAUGCACAGGUCGACCUUGCACGGCAAGCUGGAGAUGCCGCUAGUGCUGAAGCCUACGACAUUCAAAAUGCUCUAAGUCAUUACAUGAAACUACUUGUGGGGUCGAUGAAGAAGCACCAAAAUCGCGUUCCUAUGAAUGCAGUAAUGUCUGUAUUGCGGUCCAAGAACGAAUAUCAAGUCAAACUCUCUAUCUGCAGUCAAAACAGCCUGAUCAAUGUCCAGGUUGGCUCAGGUUCGGCCAUAGGCUGGAAAGACGUCAACUGGAAACAGCAGUCACAACAAAUCACGGUGCAGCUACGACAUGGUUUCCUUCUUACCCUUGCCCUCCACGAAGUUGAUUUCCGUAGUCUCUGGUCCAUUAUCAACCACACCAACCGUGUCGAGUCGGAUAUCAGAGAAAGAAAAGAUGAGCGCUUUGCGUCAAAGAUAUACCUUCGAGAGGCCAGUUAUAGGGAUCCGGCAAGCCCUGGCGCUUUUGCACCUGAUCGCGUCAAGGAUUGCAAGCUUUUGGUGUUCCAAAAGAUAGAACGCAGCAGUGAAGGCACAGGCAAGCGGAAACUUCAUCGAGGCUACCGGAUGGUCCUUGUUACACCGCAGCAUGUCAAGCAAGUCAGCGUCAUUAACCAUGAAUUCGGAACGAAGAACGAGCCGAUGAACUUUGAAUAUGUCACCGAGCCCGACCAAGCCCCAGCGCUGAGGCUACGUUUCCGCGAAGAAGGUCCUGACAAGAAGUUGAGAGUGUGUACAGCACAUUUGGUUUUCCAUGAUAGCAGAGAGCGCAACGACAUCUUCGGUACCUUUACUUCGAUGAAUGUAGCUGAGGGUGAAACAACGUUUGCGCAAGUGUCACUCAAGGCCUAUCACAUUGAAAGUGCCGAUCAAGCAGAGGGCUUCAGUCAACAAGGCAGUCGCGUGCUUGAAAGGUUGCAGUGGGUGGAAGCCAAGGUUGUGAACCAAGAUCCUGAGGCUGCGGGACUGGAAUCCGCACCUACUGUUAUGAGCGAGAGCUUGCGAAUUAUGUGUAGACAUACUGCUGGCAUCGUUUGUGACCGCAUGAAUUUGGGUCCUGGUGAACUUUUGGUUCGUCUUCCUGUCGACGGCUCGCCUGAGCUUACGCUCCUUCGUGAAGCCCAGCAGGAUUUAUCGGUCGCGGUUGAUGCCAGCCGUACGGAACCCAACGUGCCGGAUGCGCUUGCAGAGCUCCUCAAAACUCUCACAAGCGCGACUACAAUACGUCGGUUAACGUUCAACUCAUACCAAGAUUUGCAUACUUUCCAGCUUGCUGUCACCGGUUUCAAUGUCAAGUUCGAUGGUCUCGCAUGCACAUUUUCAAUCUCGCGCCGACGAAUGGUAGUUCCCAUCUACAAGCAAUGGACAGCGAACCGACUGCGCCUCCAAAUCGUUGAACAAGACAACAUUGUCCAACUCCUUGCCUUCUUCGAAGACUUUUCCCACGCCGACGCCAUGAACUUCCAACUCCGUACCAUGGACACGUUUGAAAAGACGGACAAGGGCGGCAAGUUCGGCCUCAAGCUCGUCGAUGCCAAGUUUGCGCUUCCCGUAGAUGAACGUCGUGGCGAAGGAAAGAUUCAGAAAGCUGAGGGCAGACUGACGGGUUGGUCGGGGACGAAGCGUCGAUUUGUUUGUUUGGAUGAGAUUGAGUAUCCCGGUGAACAUGAUGAUAUUCUUAUCAUGUUUGACUCUGCUGAGACACGCGACCGCUUCGCUGAAGCACUACCCGCCGCAACCAUGGAGCGCAAAUUCACCGUUCGACGCAAGAUCUAA